AUGGAGAAAGCGCUGCUGAGUCAAACUUCUCAAGUAAAAAUUCUCGAAAAAAGAGCGGGAAAUCGAGGCCGUCAUGCAUCGUACAGCGAACAGGGCCGUUUUCUGACGGAAAUCGCUGCCAAGGUGGUGUGGAUCAGACAGCAGAGCAACAAGCUGGAGAACAUGCAGUCGCUGUGCUCAGCCCUGUUGGAUGACCUUAGUGGUUAUCCCACAUUAAACUCGCGCAUGACUUCAUUCAUGGAAAAGCUGAAGCAAGCCGAGCAGGAGAACUACGAUCAGUGGUGA